AUGCUGUCAGAUGAUGAAACUCAAGAAUUAUUAGUUGUUACUGCUAGUACCGCAAGUGAACAUAUAGCAAACUCAUCUGAAACAAUAGAUGAAGUCCAUCAAUUAUCAAAACAACAAGAAUUUAAUACAUCGACCAUAUUUGGUAAACUAAAACAAUUUAUAAGAUUACAACUAGGUUAUAAGAAUGAAUUUGAACAAUUUAUAUUAAACAAUGAACCAAAUGAUUGUUCCUUAGUUGCUAAAUAUUGUAAAACUACAACUAUAAAUUUGACUCACCAACCCACGUUAUCAAGAAAUCAAAUUACAUUAAACACAUUACAUAUUCCUCACCCAUUAGUUAAUUUUAUGAAAAAUGAAUUACCUCCGGAUUUAUCAACUGAAGACCAAUUAAAUAUUAAAAAAGAGUUAGAAGAGUCACCCAUACUUGUAUUUAUUCAUGGUUUAGGGGGUCAAAUGUCACAAUUUGAACCAUUAAUGGGCUUAUUAUCACAAUGUUCUGAAAUUAUUUCAUUAGAUUUACCUGGGUUUGGAAAUUCAAAGUUGAAUUUCAAGAAAGGUUAUAAAAUUGUAUCUGAAAUAUCGAAUGCAGAUAAAGAGAGAAUAUCAUCAAGUGUCGCUAAAAUGACUUAUGAUGAUUUCAAAACUGAUAAUAUAGUGAGUAUAAUCUUUGAAUUUAUACAACAAAAUAUACCAGAGAAUAAAAAAGUGGUAAUUAUAGGUCAUUCAAUGGGAACUAUCUUAUCAAUAAAAACAGCCAGAAAAUUACCAGCUCAUAAAGUUGAAGGGUUAGUAUUAUUAUCACCACCUGAUAUAAUUGAUGAUACAAUAGAAGGUAUUAUCACUAGUCAACAAAAAACAGUAGCCAUGUUGAAAAUUUUCACAUACAUACCAUGGUUAUUUAAUACUUUUAGAAUUUGGGAUAGAUUAGAAGGUUUAGCUAGUGCUUCAGUUAAAAGACAAUUAUCUAAUGAGACUUCAUUUUAUAAUAAACUACGUCAAUUUAGAUGGAAUAUGGAUGUUGAAUCAAUAAUUACCUUAAAAUAUGUGAAUGGUUUUCAAAAAUGUAAAAUAUCAGAAUUAAUAGAAGCUAUAAAUAAACUUAAUGACAAUCCAAAAGAUAAACAUGUAUAUGAAAAAACAUUACUAAUAUGUGGUACAAAUGAUCAUUUAACUCCAAUUAAAGGAAUACAUAAAAUUGAUAAUUUAUUAACUUCUAAAUUUAAUAAAAAAGUUUCAUCAAUAAUUGAAGUUAAAAAUGUUGGACAUUCUUUAUUAUUGAGUAAACCUGAAUUUAUAAGUGGCAUGAUUUUAAAUCAUUUUGAGUCAAAAUAUCCUGAACGUUUACAUUUAUCACCUGCAUGGGUAUUAAAGAUUAAAGCACAAAUUUCAGGAGAUAAAUGGGGGUUGAAAAAUGAAUUAAAAUGGUUAAAUAUAAAACCCAUAUCUUCAAAUAUAAUAAAUCCAAGAACGAAUGAAAUUGCACCAUUAUUAGGAAUGAAAACUUUAAGAGAAGGUGAUCCAACUCAUUCUCCAAAUAUAGUUGAGCUGUUAUUCUAUGGAGAUGUUGGAACAAUACCAGAUAUAAAAGGUAAUUUAAUUGCUAUAAUUGAUAUAUCUGCUGAUAUUCCUCCUUAUACACCAAAAUCAUUUAAACAAAUUACUUAUUACAAAUGUGCAACUGUAUCUAAAGUUGUUCCUGACCAAACCGCAAUCAGGAGAUUUAUACAAUUAGUAAAUGAUAUAUUGUCGAAUAAUUCAAUAGAGAAAUCUUUAAUUGGAGUACACUGUCAUUAUGGAUUUAAUAGAACUGGAUUUUUAAUCUGCUGUUAUUUAAUCGAAGUUUUAGGUUGGAAAGUUCAUGAAGCAAUUGAAGCUUUUAAAGCUGCAAAAGCUCCUGGAAUUAAACAUCCUCAUUUUAUAGAUGCUUUAUAUGUUAGAUACGAGAAAUAG